GCACUGCUCAGUUGCGUUCGAGCCAUUGCGGCGAGUGGAUCGGGCGCUGCGUCAUAUUCGUGAUAAACUCAGUGAAGCGCGAUUUUCACGUAGAUUUCUGUGUUUGAUCAAUUACAUUUAUCGAUGAAUCAAAAUCGUUAUUGUUUAAUCGCCGUGUUAACGCGAAGUAACGUGAAUAUUGAGUGCGCGAGGAUCAAUUAAAUAAUUUUAUUGAAACAGUGACACUACUUAUUGUACAAGUGAAAACAGCAUUCGCAGUAACCUAUUGCUGAAUUUCUACGAGAAAUUAGAAGGGGAAUGAAGUUCGAUGAAAAUAGCCGUCUAUCUGCACCGGAAGCACAGUCCUCCACCCUUCUCGAAGUUCAAGACGAAGGGAUGUAGGAGAGACAGUGCCUCGAUCCCAUGCAGCAUCCCAAGCCAAGCCCUUUACGAGAAAGUAGAAGGGCAAGGGUUGACAAGUGAUUCUGCUGAGAGCGGCUGGAAAAAGAUUGUUUACGUGGCAUCGUUCAACCCUUUGGCUGCCGCCAUAAUGAAUAAGACACAGGGGAGUGUCUGCCGUGACAGUAGACAAACCAUGGAAUGCACUUAUGGGAUUUUUAUUAUACUCGAAGAUUGCUGUGCUGCACCCGUGCUGCGGAGCAGCAUCCCCUUGGUGAAAAGAAGGGGCGGUACCUUGUCAGAAAAAGAAUUACUGUGAGAAUCUUACACCGCAGGCGAUACGGGGGCGAAGCGUGCUGGCGUUUAUUCAACGAAAAUAAAUCCCAUGGCGUCACAACCUGGAGAUACCUCGGUGCCUGAUAGUCUAAACAUGGCGAGACUGGAGAUACAGAAUCGUCGGCAUUCGACUUUGACAAGAUAAAAAUAAAACCUCGCCAUGCUUUAGCCAAAGGUGGUAGGACUGCUAUGCUAAAUACAAGACAGGGAGACAUAACCUAAAGUGUCCUAAUGAACGUAAAGGGUACCGAUGAGCUUACCAGUAAUGUUUCAGGGCCUUACUGGCGCCGGAAAGUAUGUCGCGGCGGUCCCGUGUAAAUAUUCGGAACUAAAAGCCAUUGAGCAGUUUACACGUAAAUUCGCGAGCGACAGCCGCCAUGACGUCUAAAGAGAGUACAUAACGUAGGGGCGACGCAGUGAGGAAGCGGCGGGAAUUUUAAAAGUCGAAUUACGAAAGUGAACGUAUUAAACACAGUUUUAAACGGUGUUUCCUUAAAGAAAUAAAUAAAUAAAUAAACGUCAGCUACCAGAUCACUAAAUUUAUUCAGUGAUCGUAUUCGCGUGCAUCAUGUUUGGAACGAAGCUGCGUACUUGGAUGGAGGCGCAUAUCGUGCGACCGAAGAAGAAGAAGGAUAGAAAAAAGGGUGACAAAGGGUUCGACUCGAAUUGCAAUUCGCCAAGCAGUCGCAGCGCCAAUCGAUCACCGGCUUUGCAUCAAAUACACCCGGUGGAGGCGCCAACCAAGAACGUCGACAACAUCCACCUGCAGACUGGCAGCUACACUGCGGUUACUACGUCCUCGGGUACUUCCGGUGGUACCGGAAGCGUGAACCUGUCGUCGCCGGAGAGUGCCUACAGCACCGGAUACUCGACCGACGGGACGUCGCCCGGGACGAGCUUUCCUCCUGAGUAUUACAUAAAUAUUAGGACAGGAACGCACUACUUUCAAAGCGGCAAGGGCAGGGCCAAGAGGGAGGCUGGACUCUCGACCCUUGCUGGAAAUGGAAAGGUCGGGGAUUCCCAGGAGUCUGGGGAAUCUGGGAAAAUGCCUAGGGAGAAUAAGGAGACGAGGGAUCUCAGAACGAGCACCCCUAACAAGAUAGGCGCUGAUUGGGGGCAGUGGAAUUUUUAUUGGACGGGUAAACGGAGGGUGUUAAAAGGUCCUGACGAUCCAAUCAACCAGGUCUCUAAGCAACAGGAACAACAGCUGCAACAAAAACCCUCCAGCCACAGACGUACCGAGUCCUACUCUGCUGAUUCGUCGCGAAAUAAUUUGCCAGUACCUUCCUCAAUUCCGCCACCUCUUGUUUCACCUCCUGUCCAAUCACCCAGGCAACGUUCGCGCAUCAGGACGAAUCCAUGGCUCUCGGCCAACUCUUCAGGCUCCAGCACUGCCGGCUUCAAGUCGAGACUUACCCUCGACGAAACGAGUAGCAGCUCUGGUCUGAAGCUGACUGAAUCCUCUGGGAGUGCCAGUGACGUGAACGUGAACAACCCUCGGGACAGUCUUAGUAAAAGACGAGAAGGUCGUCAGGAGAGUCUCAGCGCUGGACGUAGUCCGAUCAAUCAGAACUGGAGAAUUUCACCGGGUAUGGAAAUCAGACCUAAGGUACCUCUUCCCCGACGUAGCAGCAGCAGUUCGUCAGCGUCUUCAGUGACCAGGAGUAUUCGCUCUUCGGAGGACGACAUCACCCUCAACGAGAUGAUGGGUAAAUUCGAUGAGAGUUACGUGUACGAGAAGGAGACGGACAUCCUCUCGGAUAGCGAUCCAACCGAUUGCGAGGACUAUAUAGAUUCCCUCUCGGAUAUAGACACUGGUCAGGAUGGCGGCGACGAGAACGAUCCCUUCGAGAAUGACGAUUUCGACUACAUCGACAACGGCUCCUUCCUCGAUCUGGAUAAACUCGAUGGCGUCGGACACUUUCAAAAUACCGGACACUGCACGUACUUCACAUUCACCAGCGAGCUCAAUCGACGUGGCACGAGACUUCGGGAGUCAUUUUUGAAACGUCGCUGUAAGGAGGAGAGUGCGUCUCACAGAUCGAGCGUUCGAGGUGGUACGAAGCGGCAGAGCAUCCGGCAUAAGAAAGUGGACGACAAGCAGAGUGAAAAGAGAAAGAAGCGCGUGUCGCAGCGAAGAAAAGCAAAUUUGGAAAAGUGUGACGACGAGACGGCUCAUUUGAAUCGCGUACUGGUAGAGAGGAUGCUGCUUAAGAAUUCGGGAUUCAAUCAGGGUAGCAGAAGCGUGGGCGGCACUCCGAUUUGUCUAAGGAGAAGGAAGCACGACGUUAACAAGAAUUUGUCGCCGAUAAAGAUAAACGAUAACUGUACGAUAGAGCCUACGAUUGUCGAGAGUGAGAUUGUUAAGAGAAGAUCGAAUUCCGUGAGCUACGUGAACGGCAAUAUGGUCAGGAAGCGACUAACCGAUAAUACGUACAUGACGACAUUUGCCUCGGAAAUUGCAUUAAUGGAAGCUGACAAGGAAGCCGAUAGAAAGUACAAGGAGCUCAUCCUCGAGGCAGAGAAUAUCCUGGUGAAUAUGAAGAAUCAUUCGUCGCCGAUUAUACCGUCACCUAGGAAGAUUCACAAUGGCCUGGCGAAUAAACGUGUCGAGCUGAUUAAAAAUACUGAACUCAACAUCGAGCUGGCUCUGUCGAAGAGUCGAAAUUCCCAACCGGAACUUCAGAGCGGAAGUAUCAAGGACUUGGAGCACACCAGUCCCAAGAGACAAUUCACUCAACCCUGUUCGCCCAUUCAUAGAUUCAUGGAACGCAAUUCACCAGGUACCAUAAUCCCCAAGGAGAAUCCGUACAAGCAGGACUUACCUAAGUGUCCUGGUUCCCCAGCAAUGUCUAGGAAGACGCCGCAGAAUUCACCCAGCAGGAACUUUAUGCAGGGACGUAUACGUAUCGCGGAACCCGAGCUUAAAGAGACCCUUAGAAAUCAAAUGACCAACAAUCUUUACAAUGGCUUGGGCUCUCCGAACCUUAACGAACGCAGUAUAACGUCCCUGUGCAAUAAGAACCAAGUGUUAACAUCUCAGCGGGAAAAGUCCAUACCGGCUAGAAAAGACAUUCGCACUCCUAGAUUCACCAAGGAGGAAGGACUGACCUCAAGUUCAUCAGACUCCGAAGAGCGUUGUGAGGUCAGACGAAAAGCUCCUCUGCUAACGUUCAGGUAUCUUGAAUCUCUUAGAUCCGUCGACAUGGGUCCAAUCAGAGAAGCCUCGUCCUAUUGUCCUCAGAGCGAACCAGUCAAAAGAAAGGUUUACGCCGGAAGUGCGACCUACGGCCGGAUUCAAAAGACUCUGGGUGAACAUCAUGCCAUGCUCAGAAAUUCAGACGGCGACACGGCGACCGACGACACUGACGACUCGAGGCGAUCCUUGAGAGAAAAGGUUGCGCAACUGAGGCAAGAGAGACUCGAAGCAGAGGCGAAUAUGAACGCUCAGGAUACUCAACUUUUUCAACAUCAGCUUUCUCAACUACGCCGACAAAUGCUCAUGCAGACUAUCGAAGGCUUGAAGCGUAGCCUGGAGGAUCAGUCAGCCACGUUGAAGCAGACUUGCUUAGAGUCUGUUAUAAGCGACGACAUGCCUUAAGGGCAGUUUCGUUAUCACUGAAGUACAGUACUUCAAUGUAUAUGUAUACUAUAUAUUUGAUAAUACGGUACGACUUUUUGAAAAAGAAAAAAAAAGGCGAACGUAAUUCAGGAUAACACAUGACGAAUUUAUCGGGUGGCCCUGGGUGCGUAUGAGGAAAUAGAAUGAUUUUGGAAUUCAAUGAUUAUACAAGGUGAACUCUAAUGUUACGUGUUAACGGUGCAAUGCAUAUCCCUGUACUAUUUUGACAUUCGCACCAGGGAUUCCCCAAUGGUAUCAUAGCGAUUUCUCAGUACUUUGCAAAAAUGAUAAUGGCGAAUGUGACUAUAUAUAAUAUAUAUGAGUAUGCUCUACGCGCGACUGGAUAUAUUUUUCUGCCUGUGUACGUGGUACGAGAAAUGAAAAUUUAAAGAUGCUACAAAUAUUUUCUGGACACAUUUUCCUCUGCUGUUCGUUCUGUCAAUGUGCAAGGGACGCUAUUUUUGACACGCAAGGGUUUCUAUUUAUUCGGUUUUCCGCCAUUCGAGGAUUCCUGAGGUUUGGGAAUCAGCCUGACUUAUCUAUUUCUACCGGAUACGUACCGAUAAUUAUUUUCGAGUCCAACAAGUUCUCGAGGUCAUGAAUACUCAUGGGGUGUAGAAGACCUUUUGUUUUACACUUUUGAUUGUACAGUUGAUUUUAUUCGCGUCGAUUAUAAUUAAAUCGAGAUCUUCCUUUCUUAAUAAUUUUCAUCUAGUUUGAAUAUAGCGGUAUAAACAUUGUGAGCCUCCUAUCGGAAUACUAGUAUGCGUAGAUGCAUAGAAUGGGCCUAUUCGAGGGUCUCUUAUUAUCCAUAUCAUGCCUAGUGUAACGAAAAUGAAAACGCCAAAAAAAAAGUGUGACGUUGAAAAGAAAAAGAAAGAAAGAAAUAAUAGCAUGACGCAUAGUAACGUUAAACGAGGAUCAAGAGCAUAGAUUUAGAAGCGAUAACAAAAACUACCCUGCAGACACUCUUAACAGAUACACAAUAGUUGUUUAGUAGAUGAUUUCAAGAAUUAAAUUAUAAUCGACUACCCGUUAGAAAGAUAAUCGUAAUUCGUUAGCCCAGUGAAUAUGGCCCAGUCCUAAGUAAAACAAUAAUUAAAGAAAAGUAAAAAAAAAAAAAGAAUAGUACCCUCAAACUCUUUCUAUCGCAGAGUAAA